AUGUCCGAAACCGAAGUUGCGACCGCUCCAGCUCCUGCAGCAUCAACGCCGAAGAAGGCGGCCAAGGGAAAAUCGUCCGGAUCGGCGGCCGCGGCGGGAGCCGCCAAAAAAGCCAAAGCCAAACCAAGUCAUCCAAAAACGGCGGACAUGGUGACGGCAGCAAUCAAAAACUUAAAGGAACGCGGAGGUUCGUCUCUCCAGGCCAUCAAAAAGUACAUCGGAGCAAAUUAUAAGGUGGACGCGGAAAAAUUGGCACCGUUCAUCAGAAAGUAUUUGAAAUCUGCAGUGACGUCGGGAUCGCUCGUUCAAACGAAGGGCAAAGGAGCGUCCGGAUCGUUCAAACUUCCUCCUUCGGCGGAAAAAGCUCCAUCGAAAAAGAAGGCACAACCCGCCAAGGCAGCUGCACCCAAAGCAAAAUCUGCUGAACCGAAAGCAAAAAAAGCCAAACCGACUCCGGCGAAGAAAACGGCGGUGAAAAAGAGCGCGAGCAGCGUGCCGAAAAAAGCUCCGGCCAAAGAAAAACCAGCAAAAUCCGCAGCUCCGUCGAAAACGAAAAAGGUGAAGAAAGCUCCGACGAAAAAGCCCAAAGCUCCGAAACCGAAAAAAGUCACUCAGGCUGCGGCGGCGGCAAAACCCAAAACCGCAAAAAAAGCGACUCCAACGAAGAAAAAGUAA